AUGCCAGGGGAGACCAUUACAAUACAAGCAGGACAAUGUGGGAACCAAGUUGGUUUGCAGUACUGGCAACAAUUGGCCCUGGAACAUGGGAUAAACAAAGAUGGAACUCCAACACCGUAUCCACAACCACAGUCACAUAACGGCUCCUUUCCAGACUCUCAGCCAGACCUGCAAGAUUCAAAUUCCGGCAACACAACUAGCUCUAAGCGACUAUAUCGAGAAGAUCAUCCUGAGCUAUUCUUUACAUUUUCAGAUUCAAACACAUAUACUCCCCGUUCCGUACUAAUUGACCUUGAGCCUUCAGUUGUUACGAAAGCGCUAAGUACCUUGCCUAUGCUAAAUCCAAGGAGUACACAUGUAAGCGAUCACGGUAAUGGUGCUGCAAACAAUUGGUCAAAUGGAUACAAGUACGGUUCGGAGCAUAUCGAGAGCAUUUUAAAUCUAUUAGACAAGGAAGCAGACAAGUGUGACAACUUAUCCCAGUUCCAAUUGUUUCACAGUGUAGCGGGUGGUACCGGACUGGGAUGUGGCUCCAAGAUAUUAGAGGUGUUGCAAGAUAGAUAUACAAGCAAGAAAAUCAUCACAACCAAUUCAAUAUUUCCCUCCAAUGAAAAAACCAGUGACGUUGUGGUGCAACCUUACAACAGUUUGCUAACGUUACAGAGAUUGAUCGAGUUUAGCAAUGCAACGUUUGUAUUUCACAAUGAUGCAUUGAACACUAUUGAAAACACAGUGUUUAGCCAGAGGGGAUCGUUGCAAGAUCAAAGAUUGUCAGAUGCCACUUCAUUCCAGGGGACAAACAAACUUAUUGCAUUUGUUAGUGCGUCGGUGAGUAACCCCAUGCGGUUCCCCGGUUAUAUGUACAGCUCAAUUGAGUCAAUAGUGUCGAGCCUAGUCCCCACUCCGGAUUUGAAGUUUCUCACCACUUCAGUUGCACCUUUCAGUACCCAAUCCCACCACAACUACAUAAACGAGUAUGACAUGUUUCUAGAGUUGUCAGAUGACAGGUACAAGACCAGUGGAUGUGUGUCGACAACUUCUUCAUCCUUGGCGUCAUCGUCGGAGAUAGCCUACAUAAGUUUGAUGAACUACCUCAUAAGUGGAUCGAAAUUGGAUCGAAAUGAAAUACGCAAGGGAAUAUUGAAGGUGCAAGCACGUACCAAUUAUGUGCCUUGGACUUCGAGAUCGGUUGGGGUGGUGCAUGGUAAGAAAUCGCCAUUCGUAAAGGACACAAACCUCGAAGGUAUACAAAUAUCAAAUAAUACAUCUAUAAUAGAUGUGUUCAACAGGAUAUUAAGACAAUAUGAUCUCUUGGUUAAACGAAAAGCAUACUUGAGCACGUACACAGAGGACAACUCGGCCGAGGAAUUGGAGCGAGUGGUUGACAUGUUUAGCGAGUGCAAGGAAUCCGUGGUGAGAGUAAUUGACGAGUACAGUGCUUCCAGAGGCGUUAACUAUUUGGAGGAUGAUGACGUGGAGAUGGAUAUCUAG